UCUCUCUCUCUCUAUCUAUCUCUGUGGAUGUUGGUUAUUAUUAGUUUGUGAAGUUGAGCCUUGUCUGGGUGAAAAUGGGCAGAAAGUGCUCACAUUGUGGAACCAUAGGCCACAAUUCAAGGACCUGCACCACUUACAGAGGCACUGUUCUUGGUGGACUUAGGCUCUUUGGAGUUCAACUUGACUUAACUUCAUCUUCUGUUCCCAUGAAGAAGAGUCUCAGCAUGGAUUGCUUGUCUUCACCAUUGGCCUCAUCACCUUCCCCAUCGUCUUCGCUUUCUUCAUCUCGAGUUUUCAUCAAUGAUUCCGAGAAGACAUCUAUUGGUUAUGUCUCCGAAGGUCUCUCAGGCCGAAUCCUGGAGAGGAAGAAGGGAGUGCCAUGGACAGAGGACGAGCACCGGGCAUUUCUGGUGGGACUGGAGAAGCAAGGAAAGGGUGAUUGGAGAGGAAUCUCAAGAAACUUUGUGACUUCAAGAACUCCAACCCAAGUUGCUAGUCAUGCUCAGAAGUACUUUCUCCGGCAGGCCUGUCUCAACAAGAAGCCACGGAGAUCUAGCCUGUUUGAUAUGAUUGGGAGCAACAAUCCAGCACACAAUGCUAAGAGGUCUGUUUCCAAGCCAAAUGAUCAAACUAGUCAUCAAUAUCUUACCAUAACAUGCUCACAUCAUGAAACUCAUCAAGACACAGAGAUGCCUCCUGUAUGCCUUAAUUCACCUGAAGAAUGCAAAUACAACAAUCAAGAAAGUGGCUACUCUCACCAGGUUUCCCACCAUUCUGCCAUGCCUAUUUUUCCAUACAGAUCACUCAGCCCUGAGCUAGAAUCUCCGAUUGCAGCUAUGCCGCUGAGUUCCAAUUCUCAGAAUGCAGAUCCUGAUCUAGAGCUCACUCUAGGCUCUUCUAGGCCAACGAAUCAAAGUAAAUCAUCCUCCAGUUCCCAACUAAUCAGCCCGAUUAUUGUAACAUGACUUGCAUAUAUUUUAAGAGAAACCAAAAAAAUUACCAUUUUGAGGUUCCUCCAAGCUUGACCUAAUUAGCAAAUUUAUUGGUGUAUAGUUAGUAAAUCUUAUAGAGGUACAACUUUUUUUUGAACUCUUAUCUGAUUUAACAGAAUCUAAUUAUAUACUUUCUGCUGUUGUAGUUCUAAGAGACAUAUAAAUAAACUGAGAACUAGC